AUGGCGGAACGCAACCCUAAGGACUCGAUGAAGUCCACCUGGCGGCAUCAAGCUCGCUCAGAGUGGACCCUAUUCCACUGGUUCUAUGAAGUACUGGGCAUCCAUCCCGAACAUCUCGACCAGCAGGUUCCAACCCACAUAAAGGAAGACGCCGUCCCGUAUGUACCAGACUGGUCUAUGCAUCGCUGGGUACUCACGCACGCGGUGAUCCCCCUUCUACUUCACCACGCCUACGUCCAAUAUACCGGCCAUAACCUUGGCCGCUUAGGCGCCUUCAUCUUAUAUAGUUUAUCCUUCAAAGCAAUCGCCAUCCACGAACUUCAUGUGCUCCGACGCCUGGGCCACACCCACGGCUUCCUAGACGGAGACAAGCACGCCCGCGAUGGCGUCCCAGACAUCGGCGUGAGCAAGGUCGUCCGCUCCCUCAUGUCCACCUCGACCUUCCGCCCCAUGUUCACCGUCCUACUCGCCUACCGCGUCGCCGAAGCUCCAGCAUCAAUGAGUUUUGCCUGGCUACCGCUGGAAAUCGGUCUCUACGGAAUCAUCCUCGACUUCUGGUUUUAUUGGUACCACCGUCUGAUGCACGACGUAGACGGUCUCUGGAAAUACCACCGCACCCACCAUCUCACAAAGCAUCCAAACCCGCUCCUCACACUAUACGCCGACAUGGAGCAGGAGUUCUUCGAUAUCGCAGGCAUCCCGCUAAUGACCUGGUUCACGAUGCGGUUCAUGGGUAUGCCGAUGGGUUUCUACGAAUGGUGGAUCUGCCACCAGUACGUCGUUUUCGCAGAGCUAGCGGGACACAGUGGGUUGCGCGUGCACGCCACCCCGCCAUCCACGCUGAGCUUUGCACUGCGCUGGUUCAACGCAGAGCUCGUGAUUGAGGACCAUGACCUGCAUCAUCGCAAGGGCUGGAAGAAGAGUCAUAAUUAUGGCAAGCAGACUCGUCUGUGGGAUCGGAUUUUUGGUACUUGCUGUGAUCGCAUUGAGUCGGUGGAAAAUAAUGUGGAUUAUGCGAAUCAGUCACCUAUGCCUCUUUAUUGA